AAUCUCUUAAAGUUUGUUUUUCAAAUCUCCUAUAUUCAAAAUGACUACAAACAAUUGGCCUAUAAGCCAAUGGACAACAGAUCUCUUUGAUUGUUGGGAUGAUCCUUCUCUUUGUGUGAAGACUUGCUUUUGUCCAUGUGUUACCAUUGGAGAGGUCGUUGAGAUACUUGAUCAAGGCACUACAUCUAAAGGACAUGCUUGUCUUCUUGCUUAUGCUAUGGGUUCCAUUCAUUGUGGAUGGAUUUAUGGGAGAAGAUAUCGAAGAAAAUUGCGUGAAAUAUUUAAAUUACCAGAGAGUCCAUAUUCAGACACUUUGAUUAGUUGUUGUUGUUGUGUUUGUGGUAUUUCUCAAGAAUAUAGGGAACUCAAAAAUCGAGGCGCGGAUCCAUCCCUAGGAUGGGAAGGCAAUGUUGAGAAAUGGAAACGAGAAGGGGUUACAGUGCCACCAAUUCCUACAUCCUCCAUGACUCGUUAAUUAAUUAAUUAAUCUCAUCUGUUAUGUAAUUAAUAUUUAAUACAGUGUGAUUAUAAUUUGUGCCAUGAGGGUCUUUUGUAUAAAAAAAUUAAUACAGUGUAAUUAUUAUUUGUGCCAUGAGGGUUUUUUGUAUAGAAAAAAUAAAAUUAUAUGUACUAUCUAUUGGAGAGGAAGUGUAGAAUUGGGUUGUUAAAAUAAUUGUUUGAUUGUAUUUGUGAGUGUGAACACUUGUU